AUGGGGACAGUGGAAUCUGCCAGGGAUUGGUCCGACCAUACGGUUUCAAGUCCGCUGGCGAACCCGCACCAAUCAUCGGGACAGGAUGUUGAAGGUAUCAGGGAGCAACGGGACAAUUAUCAUAUUGGAAAUGCGUCUAGAGAGUUGCUGCCGUCAAUUGCACAUUUAGAUUUGGAAAAUAGCUCCAGGGCUGUCGGCAGGGCAUCUGCUGAUACGAGACGUCCUGGAGAAGAUAAGGACCAGAGGCCGCACAACCAACCUCUGCAUAUUCCUCAACGACAAUCCCUUCCCUCAAUACAUGAAGCGUUAGGCUCCGCCCCCUUUGGCUUGCCUUCCAAUUCUUCCUCAGCCAAACCGGGGACACUACCCACUUCCAUAUCGCCAAGCGUCGCACGUCCUUCUCUGGACGGACCUUCUGGGCCCUCCAAUCCAUUUUCAAGUGGCCCUGGAUAUUUCUUACGGGAUAACCCUUUCGCCGCACACCAGACACUUCAGCGUGGACAAACUCAGACCGAGGCCUCUCCAUCGAGCCUAGCUUCAAUUCACUCCCACGAAUCUCGCAAUCCAUCGAUCCUGUCGCUAAGCUCCGGCAAGUCACCCACUCAGAGCUCUAAAGACGGGGCUCCAUCACUGUCAAACUCCCAAUCUUCCGUCUAUGAGCUUGUUGGGGCGUCUUCCGCAGGUCCAAUGUCCUCUCCGACUAAUUAUACGACACCGUACCCUCCAACAGCUCCAUAUGGUUCACAGUUUCUCAAUGGUUCAUCUUCGCUGCCAUACUCAUCUGCAUCUUACGACAUGCGGGCUUCCUGGAAACAACACGCUAUUGAUCCGGCACGGAUGGAGGAUGUGCAAAGCACUCGAUCCAGUGCUGGUCCUGGUUCCCACAUGGACUCUGGUAAACGGCAUCUUGAAGGUUAUGAUGUGGAAAUCGUCUUUAACGAGAUUAUCGAACGGAGCAGCGCAGCAAUAGAAUUUGCCCGUCAUUUCAGUGCUAAAGCACACCAAAAUAAUCGAUCUGUGCCUGCAGCAGGAUCGAUGCCCCAGCUAUCAGAGAUCGAUGAGCUUGCACAGAUUAUCCGAAAGUCGGCUGAAGCCUUGGACAAAAUUCGAUGUUACGUCGUUGAACAAACGCUGGCUGAGCAACAGGCAGAACAACGAGCACAGACAACAGUUUACCAACGGCGUGGGCCGUACAAUGAUGACCAAGCGGCCGUGUACCGGGAAGAUUUCAAAGGUGGUGGAGGCGGUUUUGCGGGCGGCGAUUCCAAAAAACGACGAGGGAAAGCUGCCCCACCGGGUCGUUGCCACAGCUGUAACCGAGCGGAAACCCCGGAAUGGAGACGCGGGCCGGACGGCGCGCGAACGCUUUGCAACGCCUGUGGCCUACACUACGCCAAGUUAACCCGGAAGUUGGCUGGCAGUAAGCCUUCCUCGCUGGGAUCAAAUCUGAGGCCAAAGAGCGGAGCUGAUCCCAGAUCACCAACAGAACUUUAG